AUGCGCUCGCAUACGGGUAGGGUCGGUGCCCUGGCUUGGAACGGCCACAUCCUCUCGUCAGGGUCGCGUGACGCACAGAUUCACAACCAUGACGUACGCAUUCCGCAGCACCACGUCGCCACUCUUGCCCAUCACGAGCAAGAGGUCUGCGGCCUCAAGUGGAGCCCUAACGGAACUCAGCUUGCGUCAGGUGGCAACGAUAAUAUCGUCUGUGUCUGGGACAACCAGCAUUCUUCCCGUUGGACGCCCAAGCACACGUUCGACCAUCACACGGCCGCUGUCAAGGCGCUCGCGUGGUGCCCGUGGCAGACGAAUUUGUUGGCGACUGGCGGUGGUACGGCUGAUCGUCACCUCCGGUUCUGGAAUACUUCGAGUGGUGCGUGUGUCAAUUCUAUUGACACCAAGUCUCAGAAUCAGUUGACAGUGUGGAAGUACCCCUCAUUGGCACGCAUGGCGGAGCUGAAGGGUCAUACCUCGCGUGUUUUGCACAUGGGGCUCAGCCCCGAUGGACAGACCGUCGUGUCAGGCGCGGCAGAUGAGACGCUCAGAUUCUGGAAGAUUUUCGCGGGCGACGAUUCGCGGCGGGCGGCCACAGGUCCCAGUCACUCCGGGAAGGGUGGCCUUUCUUCGACUUCGCGGGGCUUGGGGCGAAGCCAGCAUAUUCGAUGA